AGGCGGAUCGGGACGAUGUCUGGGGAAGUGCCUCCCAACAUCAAUAUCAAGGAGCCUCGAUGGAACCAAAGCACGUUCGUCGGCCGAGCCAAUCACUUCUUCACGGUCACGGACCCGAGGAACAUCCUUCUAACUAACGACCAGCUGGAGAACGCGAGGAAAGUGGUGCACGAUUACAGACAAGGAAUCGUUCCUGCUGGCCUCACGGAGAAUGAGUUGUGGAGGGCGAAGUACGUGUACGAUUCAGCUUUCCAUCCUGACACGGGCGAGAAGAUGAUCCUGAUAGGAAGGAUGUCGGCCCAGGUCCCAAUGAACAUGACCAUCACCGGCUGCAUGAUGACGUUCUACAGGACCACACCGGCUGUGCUUUUCUGGCAGUGGAUAAACCAGUCCUUCAAUGCCGUUGUCAACUACACCAAUAGAAGCGGAGAUGCUCCCCUCAGUGUAAAUGAGCUGGGGACGGCUUAUGUUUCUGCAACAACCGGUGCUGUAGCGACAGCCCUGGGACUCAAUGCCUUAACCAAGCGCGUCUCACCACUGAUAGGACGUUUUGUCCCCUUUGCUGCUGUUGCUGCUGCUAACUGCAUUAAUAUCCCACUAAUGAGGCAAAGGGAACUCAAAGUUGGUAUUCCUGUCACGGAUGAAAACGGCACCCGCUUGGGAGAAUCGACCAAUGCUGCAAAACAAGCCAUCACGCAGGUGGUCAUCUCCAGGAUCCUCAUGGCGGCCCCUGGCAUGGCCAUCCCCCCGUUUAUCAUGAACACAUUGGAAAAGAAAGCCUUCCUAAAGAGGUUCCCGUGGAUGAGCGCACCAAUUCAAGUCACGUUGGUUGGCUUUUGUUUGGUGUUCGCCACCCCCCUUUGCUGUGCUCUGUUUCCUCAGAAGAGUUCCAUGUCUGUGACAAGCUUGGAGGAUGAGUUGCAAGCCAGCAUCCAGAGGAGUCAUCCUGAAUUACAGCGCGUGUACUUUAACAAGGGCCUGUGAAGCCACGAUCAAGCCCUGGAGGCUCCGGCUGUCAUCUGUGGACCUCCCGAAGCCACAGCAGUGAGGAAAUCCCGUGUGACGGACACUCCCAGUUACAAAAGCCUCUAAAAGAUCUGCAUUAGAAUCAAGCUGCCCCUUGACACAGCCCCCAGUGCGGGUCAGGAGCCUGACAUUUGAAUCAUAUUGUAAUUUACAAACAUACCCUUCUGGUAGACUUUAAUGACAUCAUUUGUUCAAAGCUCUCACCUGGAGCUUUCUAAAGCACUGGUAGACACAGCUAGGUGCUCCGUAAACAUGGUUGUCAGUCAUUGGAAAGGUUACCUGUGCAAAUACCGAUUUCAUUUCCAUUUCUGCCGUGAACUGGGAAAUCCACCAAAGGUCUAAGACUAACUACACAAGCGUAAAUACCAAGGAAACUUUGUCUCUGGUUUGGCAGUGGACCAGUCCAAAGCAGAUGGUGAGGAGACUUGAGGUUCAGAGGGUAAACACUCCAUACACCUUCCUGAAGUCAGCCACAGAGCAGGGUAUGAAGCCGCCCCUGCAGCUGAGCAUGUGUUCGUGGUACUGGAUUCUCUUGGUUAACUUUCCAGUUUGUCUAAUGUUCUUAUGAAAUUACUAAUAUGACCUCAAAGGUAUUUAAGAAUCAUGAAUUUCCAUCAAAUAAUUAGCCGAAAUGCCCAAAUGCUAGGUUUAGGAGUAUAUUGGGUUUUUUUUAGGACCGUGAAACCAUAGUUCCCAGUCCCUAUCUGCCUCUCCCCUUGUGUGUGUGUUUCGGGAAGAUACAGAGACAAUACAUGAACAAGUCAGCAACAGUGAAUGUCCUGUUGCAUUCCACUCUGUUUGAAGACCCCGAAAUGACGGGGCAUGUCCACAUCUCUCUAGGGAUUUUACAUGCUAUCUGUUCAGUGUAGCUGAGGUCGUGUUGGAAGUCCAUAGAUGUUCCGUGUCAUAGACGAGCUACCUGUUACACUGAGUGUCAGUCAUUCCAAUUCAGAGGUUUGUAAGUGGAAAAAAAGGAGCUACCCAGUUUCUGUAGAUCCUUUUUCCCAGUAAUGUGUCCAGACUGAAUUUCCUCAUAAAGAAAAACUGGUGUGCCUUGUGUCUGUGUUUCUGUUUUCUCUGAAAGGAUGUAUGGAUCUGAAGCUCUCAGCCCUCCCCGUGCUGCUGGAAUCUUCUGUAGAGUUGAAUGCCAAGCCACUUGAAAUACAAUGGCUUCCUGUGACAUUCUGGCCUUGGAUGAGCCUUGUUGUCCUCGGUGCAUCUGUGUAUAUGGUGGGGAGAGCUUGGAGCUCAAGGCAGGGCUCACAAGGUGCUUACAGGACGUUUCCGCGGGAAGCUAAAGGCCUUGAGGUCCGCCCCACCCAGCUCAUCCCUGAGCCCUCACCCCAGUGCACACUCAGCUCUGAGAACGUGCAAACUCAGUAGCUAGUGGGGAGAAUGACACACUCACCCAAGUGGCAGCCCAGGUGUACCGAGGAAUGCAUAGUCGAUGUGGAGCUGGGCUCUUUUCGAUUUGUUUUUGAAGUUUCGGCCUCUUAAUGCUUUUGUAUAGGAAUACUCACUGUGUGGUUUAAUCAUGAUUAUUAAUCAUAAUUAUUAUAAAAAAAAAGAACAAAUGAGCGAAAAUUGGCAACCUUUGCUGGUCUUUUAAAAGCCUGUUUUUUUCUGAAGACACAGCCACACGAAGUGCAAUAAGGUUGUAAGGUGACUAGUUAACAUUUCUUCAAUGUGAGACAGCGUCGUGUGCGGCUGACUAGCAGCUAUCAGUAUUAGUGAGGUGUCCUGCCAAUGUCACAGCCAAUGUGUCAUUUCAGUUUAACUGGAUAAAAUGUCAAAUAAAUGCAGAAUGAAAAUAAACUCUCUUUUAUUUGCAUGCA